GCUACUGUCAAAGUAAUAUUUUCAAAACAAGCUUUUAUAAAAUUCCGCACCACAGCAACGUGCCUUCUCUUGCGAGUGUUUUUCUGUUCUUUCGGAAUAAUCCCGUAUUUCCUAUUUGGAAAAAAGUGCUAACUUUUACAACCGUUCCGGGUAAGCAUAGCGCUCAUUCAAAAUGCCAUACGCUCGUAAGAAAAUGCACAGUGGCGAUACGCACUUGCGUCGCCGGUGGCGCUUGAGAAGCCGUAAGAGGGACCUGGAUCUUAUCGAUAAGGAUCUGCAGACCGGUUCGGACCAGCUCCUGAACCAGGACGUCGAUUUGGAAAAACCGGGAUUCGCUCAGUUCUACUGCAUCCACUGUGCCACCUACUACAUCAACGAUCGGGCUCUGCAGGAUCACUUCCGGACCAAGGUUCACAAACGGCGACUGAAGGCUCUGGAAGUAGAACCGUACACGGUUGAGGAUUCGUUGCGCGCCGCUGGCCAGGGAAGUUUUGUCCAACCGCAGAAGCGGAAGAUGGAGACGCAACCUUCGAAGCAGGAGUACGCGGAGGGGAAACGAGUGAAGGUCGAUGUGGUGAUCGAGGAGGAAAAACCGGCCAAGCAGAAUCUGUCCAAGGCGCCGAAAUACGACGGGAAGUUUAAGCAGUUGUUGGAUGGUUUGAAGGCACCGGCCACUUGAUUAAUAUAAGCUUGAUUUCGGUUCAGGUAUGUUAGUUUUAAUAAUCAUUUCUUUUUCUGUAUAUUACAAAAGUGCUUACAAAAAGCAUCGCAAAACAGUUAAA